AUGCACCUUCCGCACGCGAGCCCCCCGGUUCCUAUGAUGACUGACGUUUAUUCACACAUCCACGAGUAUUACCGGCAGAGCCACGGAGACCUGGUGCAGACCGGUUCACCUGCUGUACUGUGUUCUGCUCUGCCUGGCCACUGGAGGUCGAACAAGUCCUUACCGGUGGCCUUCAAGGUCGUCGCCUUGGACGACGUGCAAGAUGGCACGUUAGUUACUAUUAAGGCUGGUAACGACGAAAACUUAAUGGCCGAGAUGAGAAACUACACGGCAGUGAUGAAGAACCAAGUGGCAAAGUUCAAUGAUCUGAGGUUCGUGGGUCGGAGCGGUCGUGGCAAGUCCUUCUCGCUCACAAUCACCAUCAGUACCUUUCCAUCUCAAGUGGCGACAUAUACAAAAGCUAUAAAAGUUACAGUAGACGGCCCGCGAGAACCAAGAACUAAGCAAAAUUAUGGUUACGGUCACCCUGGAGCAUUCAAUCCGUUCUUAUUAAACCCUGGAUGGUUAGAUGCAGCAUACUUGAAUUACGCAUGGGCUGAUUAUUUUAGGGCACCCCAAUUAAGAGAUCAGGCUCUUGUAAAAGGAGGAAGCGCACCGAUAACUACAUCACCAGUCGCAUUGCCGGGAAGUGAACUAUUUCCUUUCUCUCCAGCGAUAGCCACGUUACCACCAGGAGGACUAAUUCCUCCUCCUGGAGCAUUUCUACCUCCAAAUGGUUUGCUACCAUUUCCGCCUCAUCCAGCAGAACUAGCAUUGAAAACGAUACCACCAGAACUUUCGUUGAAAAACGGUGUUAAUCCUUAUGAUGCCCUGAGGCAUUUACAAAGCAACGUUUCCUCGAUGGACACCUCUAGCGCUCGCUUAUCACCAACAAGUAGCAGACAAAGUGGAAGUCCGAGAAGUAUCGCAAAUGUCAGCCCGAGAUCGAAGACCGAUUCGAAGUCAGAAGUAAACUCCACACAUGAUGCGACGAUAUCUGACGACUCCGAUGAAGAACAAAUCGAGGUGGUGAAAUCAGCUUUUCAUCCAACGAGGCCGGCGAAUGUGGAACUUCAAGAGAUGAAGCAAGUUCAAGCUGCGGACUCUACGGUGACAGACCGGCCGAGAAUGCGUAAUGAACUGAGAGCGCUGUCGCAACGCACAACCCGCGCCCUAUCCACUAGCCCGAAAUCAACGAAAAUUACUAAUGGUUCAAUAUCAACCCAAAAAUCUGUAUGGCGACCAUAUUGA